AUGGUCCCAGUUCACUCGACACCUCUACAAUCUUCGCGGCAGGUGCUUCACUGCGCUCGAAAGGCCGGGUUUCACAAUGGCAGUUUAAAAGCUUUGCGGGCUAAAAUGAGUCGACUUGGAGUAGUGUUGACACGUGCGGCUAUGCUGAAUGAUGUUACGGGACUUGUCAUGGCACGAAUCAUCGCUAACUUAGGCGGAGAAGCUCGGCUUAGUCCUGCAGUUAUUACCUCACUCAUUCUCGUCUCUUUUGCAUUUACCAUUGCUUUUCUUCUAGCUUGCAAGUUUCUGAUAAAGCCCCUAGUUUAUACGAAACCUCUUUGAACUCUGAAAAACAUCGCUAUCUCUCAACCAGACUUCAAGUUACAUUCGCGACUCACACAACUCUACUCUUCGUAUUUGUUGUGAUUUCUAGCUACGCUGGCACGUAAAUAUAUAUGCAGCUUAUUUCGCCGGUGCAGGUAUAAACUCGUAUGAUAACGAGGUCCAUAAGGUGAUGUCGAAUAAAACGUCAAGCUCAAGCUUUUCCUAGAGGAAUGCUGUUAAUAACUGUGUCCAUGAAUUCAAUUUUACCGUGGUCAAUUUGGUACAUCAAUUCGACAAGUGUCCUUGCUAAAAGCUAACGUCAAUAUCGAGGAAUUCAAAUCAGCCAAAGGGCACCACCCGCCGAAUUGCAGAAAGGAAUGAUCUAUACAGUUUCAUGAACGGAGUACUUUCAGUAAAUAGAGAGCCUGACGGUUGUUUAAUAGCUGGGAGCCUUGUCAAAGCUUCUGCCUCUAAUUUAGAUUCUUGCAACAUAUCAAGGAUACAAUAUGGUAGUCAUACUUCGAGGUCCAAUUCGCAAUGAUCUUGAAAUCAUAAUUUCUUUUGCACCAAUAUGCUUCUCCAUUACCAUUUCUAGGAUUUUGUUUGGGAGGAUCAUAUGGAAAGGCUUAGUUUAUGCUGCAUUUAUGACAAUAGGUAAGUUCGUAUGCGGAAUGUGGCUAUUAGGAGAUCUCGAUACAUGCAAAUUGCUAAUGGUAUUGAUUUUGGCGAUUCCUCCUGGGGACUUCCUAUGGUGAGAUCACUUAUGCCCCCGUUUAUCACAGGCUAGCCUAUGGUUUCGCGUGGCGAGGUCGGCUUUCUUCUAUCUACCUUGGAAGAAAAUAGAGGUAAUUUUAACGCCGAACAAUAUUAUGUUGUAAUUUGGGCUAUAAUGUUUUGCACAAUAAUUGGCCUGGGAUUGGUAGGAGUGUUGAUCAACAAAGUCAGAAAAAUUCGUGAUUCGAAAGAGAUGAGUUCGGGUAAAGUGUAUGACCCAAUAGACACCUGGACCGAGGCGUCUUUCAAUUUAUUCUCAGAGGCCAAUAAUUUAUGA